CCGCCCCUAUUCAGGUUUGGUACUUUUUAGUUUGUAUGUGCGACACUUCGCUCAUCAGCGCACCAAUUUCACGUCAGCGCACCGACCAGACCACGUGCGAUUUGCCAAAGCUUUUUAUACAAAGUCAAAAGUAAAACAACAAAUUUUUUUAUUUACCAUGUCUGCAUCACAAGUAACAUCGGUUAAAGGUAAACCGAAAUCUGGAAGAGUUUGGAAGAGCUCGAAACAGAGAUUUUCUUCAAUAAAAAAGACACCUGCUAUUCAUGUAUCAUUUGAAAAAAGACAGAGAUUAAAAGAAGAAAGAAAGAAAUGUAUGGAACUCUCAAAUGAAAUAAAACAACAGAAAGCAGCUGAGAAGGAAGCCAAAAAAGAAAGAAGACGAGAAAACAUACGGAGAACACAAGAAAAUGAAAAGAAGGCAGAAGUUGUUCAAGUGAUUUCAAAUCCAGCCAAAAUAAAGAGGAUGAAAAAGAAGCAGUUAAGAAACAUCGUAAAACGAGAUACAACUAAAGUGGAAAAAUAACUUUUAUUUAGUUUAAAGUAGCUUUUAGUUAAUGUUGUAUGUUAAGUUUUAUGAUUUAUUAAAAAGAAAUGUGUCUAUAAAAGAUAUGUUAAGUUAAAACAAAAUAUUUUACA